GGGUGACGUCUCCCGCGGGCGUCGGGCAGGGUCGGCGGCGUCGGCAGCAGUGGCGGCGGCGGCGGGUGGGAAAUGGCGGAGUACUUGGCCUCCAUUUUCGGCACCGAGAAAGACAAAGUCAACUGUUCAUUUUAUUUCAAAAUCGGAGCAUGUCGUCACGGAGACAGAUGCUCUCGCUUGCACAAUAAACCGACCUUUAGCCAGACCAUCUUGAUUCAAAACAUCUAUCGUAAUCCCCAAAACAGUGCACAGACGGCUGACGGCUCACACUACCAUUGCCCUCUUGAACAUUUACCGUAACCCUCAAAACUCUUCCCAGUCUGCUGACGGUUUGCGCUGCGCCGUGAGCGACGUGGAGAUGCAGGAGCACUACGACGAGUUUUUCGAGGAGGUUUUUACAGAGAUGGAGGAGAAGUACGGGGAAGUGGAGGAGAUGAACGUCUGCGACAACCUGGGAGACCACCUGGUCGGGAACGUGUACGUCAAGUUUCGCCGUGAGGAGGACGCGGAAAAGGCCGUGAUCGACCUGAACAACCGCUGGUUUAACGGGCAGCCGAUCCACGCGGAGCUCUCCCCGGUGACCGACUUCCGAGAGGCGUGCUGCCGCCAGUACGAGAUGGGGGAGUGCACGCGCGGCGGCUUCUGCAACUUCAUGCACCUGAAGCCCAUUUCCAGGGAGCUGCGGCGGGAGCUGUACGGGCGCCGGCGUAAGAAGCAUAGAUCGAGGUCCCGGUCUCGGGAGCGUCGCUCUCGGUCUAGAGACCGUGGUCGCGGCGGCGGCGGCGGUGGCGGCGGCGGCGGCGGGGGACGGGAGCGUGACAGGAGGCGGUCGAGAGACCGCGAGAGAUCUGGGCGAUUCUGAGCCGUUUGUACCGUCUGUCUGCCGGACAGUGCUGUAGUUGAUUGACCAGACCAGUUCGUAACGGGGAUUUUUUUUAAAAAACAACAAAAACAAACAAAGAUGGGUUUCUGAAUAAAAUUUGUAGUGAUACAGUG